CAUACAGUAAAUACGCCGCUAGAAUCAUUUGUUGGCGUAAAGCUUAAAGUUUUAAUCUACAAUUAGUCGUGCGGCGACUGAAUCAGUCGCGCGCACACCAACACUGAGGCAGCACGCUGACCAUCAUGGGCAACAUCUGCGGAGGAGCGAGCGGCCAGGCCGUGGAUCAGGAGGGAAAGCCUCUCACAAAGGUGACGAGAACAAAAGGCAGUCCCAAAGCUGCCACGGGACAAACGCCGGCUGCCGCCGCUGCCGUCCCAGCUGCGGGAGCAGCGACGACACAGCUACAGACGGCACGAGCGGCGGAGGCAACCGCAGUGGACGCAUCUGCAGAGGCCGCUGCCGCGCCGGCUGCUGAUGCGACGGCGGCGGUGGCUGCUGCAGCUGCUGUGGCUGCUCCGGCUGCCUUGCGAACUGCAGCCGUAGCAGAGUCUGGGGUCCCUGCAAACGCCGCCACUGGCACGAAAAAGCUCAACGUCCACAUCAUCUUCUACUCCACGCUGGGUCACAUCGAGAAGCUAGCCCGCGAAUACAAGGCGGCGCUGGAGAGCGAUGAGGAGGUGGAGGCGCACCUGUUUAGGGUGCCGGAGACCAUGAGCCCGGAGCAACUGGAAGCGGCAUGCGGUGCGGCACCACCCCAGCCUGAGGAUAUCCCCGUCAUCGACGUCACCAAGCUGCCGGACGCCUCGGCUUUCGUUUUCGGCUUUCCCACCUGGUUCGGCAUGAUGGCGGGUCAGAUGAAGAACUUCUUUGAUGCAACUGGCGCGUUGUGGCAGGCGGGCGCGCUGCACGGCAAGCCUGCCUCGAUCUUCACAUCAGCUGCCACGCAGUGUGGGGGCCACGAGACGACAUUGAUGACGUCUGUGACCCAGCUGGCCCACCACGGCAUGAUCUUUGUGCCCACCGGUUACGCGGCGGGCGCGGCAAUGUUUGGCAUCCAGGACGCCAAGGGCGGCUCGCCGUGGGGCGCGAGCAGCAUUGCAGGGCUGGAUGGCUCCCGGCAGCCCUCAGAGGAGGAGCUGGAGGCGCUCCGUGUGCAGGCCAAGCACUUUGGGGCCAUUGCUAAAAAGCUUGCGGCCUGAGCUUGUAAAAGCAAAGAGAGGGCAGUGGGUCAAGGGAAUGAGGGGGUUGCGGGCACGGCACGGGCUGAUGGGAGGCAGGCGUUUGUCACGAAACACGCAUGCGGCAUAUCAGUACAUGUUGUCAAGUGGGAAGAGCGAAAGUUGGUUUCCGGGGGUUUCGGACGCAUUAGUCAGUAGGCGCUUGAGUCUGCGCCUGUGCGCCGAGGGGAAUGGUGGAGACUUGAGCCAAGCUUGGCGGGUGCAUGGCACAAUAAGGGGCCUCGGCACGCCGGGAGCCUCCAGCUGCGCCCAAGCAAACAUGAGUUGUGCUGAACUGCGCGCAGUGAUAUUCUUGAAAUGCUGUCAUGUGAUUGUAUGCGGUUCCUCGAACCGGCUGUGCUUUUGCAGGGAUGCCGGAACGCGUCCCCUGCAUGCUGUCUGCUGGGCCAUGUAUGGUCAGGGCGCAUUCAUGGGCCUGCUGCUGCCCGCUCAGCGUACUGGUGCGUGCAAGUGGUGAGGAGGGUACAACUGUUACAGUGGCGUUAGGUGCCUACGUGGCUGCUUACGAGCACGCGGUGCAGCACGGCAGCAGCUUUCUUGUGAGGUUUGCGCAGUUGUGCUGGCGCCCGGGCCGCGCCUUAGGUACAUAUGGUUUCAUGAGUACUGUGCUGCCUGCUGCAGGCGCCGUGGUGCGCGCGUUCAGCAUUCAUACAAUGCAUGUGCGGCGAGGGCGUUGCCAUGAAAGUGAUAUUACAAUAAGGGACACUCAACUUGGAUACAGUGAUACACCUGAUGGCGUCCGCGUAACAUGCGAUGAAGCCGCCGCGCUUUCGACCCUGAUUCGCACUUAUUCGUAUGUGCCGCCGCGGCGGCCGCGCGCCGGAGUAUGCCGCAGCAUCGCAUUUCGUUCCUGUCCUGGUAUAGAAGCGCAUACAAAUAUGUGCGUGCGUGUAUCCCAAGCCAUGGAAGCUUGUCUGCGCCCUGUCCUCCUGACCUGCUCUCUGUUUGCUAGUCUGCCGUGUCAGCAUCCGAUGCCUACGGUGCCAUAGCGCAACUCCUUCUUAGCGGCCCCUGUCCCCCUACCACCAACUGCUGCGUACCAGCUUGCCUGUAAUUACCCAAGAUCCAGACCGAAACGUGCAAUGAAUACGGACAUGCACAGCCGCCAUGGCGCUCUAUCACUCCCGACGGGCUGCGCGCAUGCUCUCAUCCUGCCACCGGCAACUACUUAAAGCAAACUGCCGGUCAUGAGAACACAUAAACACCUUGCAGUGCUCUGCCAAGUGUAUAACUCGUAAGCAUCCCAGUCGUCCAUUAAAUUUAUGUGAUAUUACGUUAUGGACACUACGACAUUCCCACGC